UCUUUCUCCUUUUUUCUUCUCCUUAACUCUUCACUAUCCAUUUUCUAUUAUCAAGUAAACAUAACAAAGAACAGUAUUAUGUCUGAGAUGAUUAAUCUUUCAACCAUAAAGCUUUUUGGGACAACCAUUUUUCUAACACACAAGGCUCAUGUCCUUACCAAUGAUUCUUCUCAACAGAAUUCUACAAAACUAGAUGAUCAAAUUGACAUGUCAGAGGACAAAUCUCCAAAGAAACCAGACAUGACUGUUCCAUGUCCAAGAUGUAACAGCAAGGACACAAAAUUCCGGUACUACAACAACUUCAAAGCCAAACAGCCCAGACACUUCUGCAAAAACUGCCAGAGAUACUGGACUUCUGGAGGAACCGUCAGAAAGAUGCUUGUAGAGGCAGGUCGCCGUAAGAACAAAUUCACUAACUUUCCAUUAGAUGUCUUGCAUUAUUCUCAAAUGAGUAAUGUCUUGCCCUUUGGAUCAAAUUCUUCUGAUAUCUCUUCAACUUCAUGGAACCAUGCAGUGUGUUAUGCCAUGUCCUUAGGGAAACAUUCUGUGCCAACACAAUCUUGUGGCCCAAGUAAACCUGCACUAAGGAAACAUUCAAGAGAUGGUGACAAGAUCAUAUAUUCCAACUCAGAGAAAGCAAACCUUGGCUUAAAAAGAAACAACAAAGAAAGGCAUGAUACUAAUGAUGAAUUGGUUCCUAAGUUACUAAGAGUUGACGACCCUAAUGAUGUUGUAAUGAGUUCUAUAUGGUCAACAAUAGGAAUCGAGAAUGGGAGAGGAAUUUUCAAGGGAUUUGGAUCUGACUUUCAUGACAAGAAUCAUGUGGUUGAAGAAUCUUCAUCAGUAUUCAAAGUUAACCCUGCAGCUUUACCAAUGUCUAUUGUGUUCCAUGUCAUUAUUUGAUUGGAUAUUCAAAGGAUGUAGGCGUGUCAGUGUCCGAUAACGAAACCAUUGUGGCAUAUGUGGUGUGAAUGUCCUGUUUAUUGUAUGUGUUAAUAGUAAAUUAUAGUGACAUAAGUUCAUAAGAUUCCAAAAUGUUUCUUCAUUGAUUCAGAAUUAUAUAACUUUCUUGAUUAAAUAUGUUUGAUGUGCAUAUUAUGUAUGUGACAAGAUAAAUA